AUGGCGACGGAAAACGGAACCAAGCCCGAACAGGCCGUGAACAACGAGAACUCCACUCCAGACGGCGCUGAGGCUCAGAACAAGGAUGAACAGAUCACUGUCUUUCAUGACCCCAUCAACUUCAACGUCAAACACCCUCUCAUGAACGAAUGGACUCUGUGGUUCACAAAACCUCCAAGUGGCAAAGGCGAUAACUGGAACGAUUUGCUCAAGGAAGUCGUCACUUUUAACUCCGUCGAAGAAUUCUGGGGAAUAUAUAAUAAUAUUGCGCCUACCUCUCAGCUCAGCUUCAAGUCAGACUACCAUCUAUUCAAGAAGGGAGUCAGACCAGAAUGGGAGGACCAACAAAACAAGCAUGGCGGCAAGUGGUCGUACUCUUUUAAAUUCACCAAGGACCGGAACCAGGUUCCUAUUGACGAACUCUGGCUACAUGCCCAACUUACGGUGAUCGGAGAUACCCUCGAAAAUGAUGGUGAUAAUGAAGUCAUGGGGGUUGUCGUUAACGUGCGCAAGUCUUUUUACCGAAUCGGUCUAUGGACCCGAACAAUUGGACGUGCUAGCAAUGAGCGCUCGCAAGAUCAAGCACAGAAGAUCCUCCUGGCUAUUGGCAGACGGUUCAAGGAAGUUCUCAAACUGAAGGACAAUGAGCUCCUCGAGUUCUCUGGACACACUGAAAGUGCCAAUGCAGGAAGCACCCGUGCUAAAGCCAAGUUUACAGUCUGA